CAGAAGCAACAGCGCGCGGCGAGACGUGCAGACAGGGUUGCCAAAUCUCUCUCAAGGCACGAUGGCGGACAUUUCGCGCAGCCUGGAGCAGCUCGUCUCCAUCUCGGACCAGCGCGUCAAGAUUGAGCAGUACAAGACCGCCCUUACCGGCUACCUCUCCGCGCCCGCCGACACAGCCUCGCUGCAGGCCUUUGUCGAGCACGUGGCGGGCGAGGCGGUUCCGCUCUCAGUGUCGCGCGUGGUGCUGCUCGAGCUGGCACAGAAGCUUCCCUCGCUUCCGGCGGCGCAGCGCAAGACGAUCGGCCUCCACGUCAUCGAUCGCACCGCCGCGCGCGCCACGUCAUUCGAGGAGGCUGUGAGCACGAUCCGAGAGCACAUCGCAGGGGUGUACGAGGAGGAGGAGGAGUGGUCCGAGGCGGCGCGGAUGCUGAGCGCGAUCCCUCUCGACAGCGGGAUCCGGCAGCUGAGCAACGACUACAAGGUGGAGAAGUACAUCAAGAUUGCGAUGCUCUUCCUCCAGGACGACGAGUCGGUCAACGCAGAGCAGUGCAUCAACAAGGCGUCCCUGCUGCUCGAUGCCGAGACGACCGACCCGGCGCUCAUGCUGCAGCACAAGGUUUGCUACGCGCGCAUCCUCGACGCCAAGCGAAAGUUCCUCGAGGCGGCCACGCGCUUCCACCAGCUGUCGACCAUGCAGACCACCGCGUUUGGGUCUCGCUCUAUCUCGGAGGAGGACCUCACUACCUCGCUGCAGAUGGCCGCCACCUGCGCCAUCCUCGCCCCCGCCGGGCCGCAGCGGUCGCGCCUGCUCGGCACCCUGUACAAGGACGAGCGCGCGCCGCGCCUGCCAAACUACCGCGUGCUCGAGAAGAUGUUUAUGGACCGGCUGCUGCAGCAGGACGAGGUGGGCGCGUUCGCCGCGACGCUGGCGGAGCACCAGCGCGCGACGCUCGACGACGGAUCGACGGUGCUCGACCGCGCUGUGGUGGAGCACAACAUGCGCGCCGUCUCGCGGCUGUACGAAAACAUCUCCUUCGAGGAGCUCGGCGCGCUGCUCGGCAUCGACGCCGCAAAGGCGGAGAAGAUCGCGUGGGGCAUGCUCCUCGACAAGCGGCUCGACGGCUCCAUCGACCAGGUGGACGGCCUGCUGCACUUUGCGCGCGGCGGGUCGGCGGACCACUCGAGCGACAAGCUCGUCGCCUUCGACGUCCAGAUCGAGCACAUCUGCCGCUCCGUCGAGGCGGUCGCCUCCGCUGUCGCAAAGCGCUACCCGGAGCUCGCUGCGCCGGCGCCAGCUUGAACCAGCCGCCUCCCUCUGUAUCGCUCUCUGGACUGUCCGCCCCCGCGUCGAGGAUCACACGAGAGCGCCGCUAUGGCCGCGCCGCGUGGCUCCACCGGCACGCGGCACCCGGCCACCGCGCCAGCCGCCGGAUGUGCGGACCCUGCUGUGUGCUGACUCCGUGACUGCCCAUAUACUUAUACAGCCCGCGCGCCGUGUCAGCGUCGGGGUUCUCCGGACUCCGCACACUCCGGCCCUCUUUUACAGUUCGCGAAAAAUGGCAUUCUAC